AGAGCUGCACGUAAGUUGAGUGUGGUCUUCGUCUGUAUCAAAGCUCCUUUUCUCUAUUCCUAGUUCUGUUAAUGGCUCCUAGAAUCCUACUAUGCGGCGACGUUUUGGGCCAUCUGAACCAGCUCUUUAAGCGCGUGUCAUCGGUGAACAAAUCUGCGGGUCCAUUCGACGCGGUGUUGUGCGUGGGUCAGUUCUUCCCUGAGUCACCAGAACAGGUCGAUGAGAUGAUGGCUUACAUUGAAGGUGGGUCCCAGAUUCCCCUCCCAACUUACUUCAUCGGCGACUACGGCGUCGCUGCCCCUAAAAUUUUAUUGUCAGCUUCCAAAGACAUCGCCAACCGUGGUUUCAAGAUGGAUGGCUUGAAGGUUUGCGAUAAUUUGUAUUGGUUGAAAGGCAGUGGCAAGUUCUCUCUCUUCGGGUUAUCCGUGGCCUAUUUAUCUGGUAGGAAAUCACCAGGUAUUCAACAGUUUGGAACAUUCAGUCAGGAUGAUGUUGAUGCUUUGCGAGCAAUAGCUGAGGAACCUGAGAUUGUUGAUUUGUUCUUGACUAACGAAUGGCCAAGUGGGGUCACAAAUAGAGCAGCUACUUCAGACAUUCCUGCUGGGCUCUCGGAUUCUACAGGCAGCGAUUCAACCAUAUCAGAGUUAGUAGAAGAGAUUAAACCGCGCUAUCACAUUGCAGGCACUAAAGGUAUAUACUAUGUGCGUGAACCAUAUUCCAACGUUGAUGCUGUGCACAUCACUCGUUUCAUAGGACUUGCAUCUGUUGGAAAUAGAGAUAAGCAGAAAUUUAUUCAUGCAAUUUCUCCCACACCUGCAUCCACCAUGUCUUCAGCUGAGAUUGCCAUGAAAACCACAAAUACCACCUUAUCGCCAUACACAUUUGUGGAUAAAAAAUCUUCUCCAAAGGAUUCCACAAAGAGAUCCAGCGAAAGUAUAUCUGAUUCUCAAUAUUGGAGAUAUGAUGUUUCUCAAAAGCGACAGAAACACAAAUCUGGAGAUGGUGAUAAGAUGUGUUUCAAAUUUGUAUCUUCUGGCUCUUGUCCAAGAGGAGAGGAGUGCAAUUUUCGACACGACACAGAUGCUAGAGAGCAGUGUAUGAGAGGUGUUUGUUUUGAUUUUUUGAACAAGGGAAAAUGUGAAAGGGGUCCAGAUUGCAACUUUAUGCACAGCUUGCAGGAUGAAGGUGAUAGGCUUCCUUCCAGGAUGCCUGGAUCUGAAAAUACUAGGUCUAGCAGAUCAAAAGAAUGUUGGUUUUGCUUGUCAAGCCCCAAUGUGGAGUCGCAUUUAAUCAUAAGCAUUGGGGAAAAUUACUACUUGGCACUGGCUAAAGGUCCACUCGUUGAAGACCAUGUGCUGAUAAUACCAGUUGAGCAUAUGCCAAAUACCUUAUCGCUGUCUUCUGAAUCUGAACUUGAGCUCUUUAGGUUUCAGAACAGUCUCAAAAGGUACUGCAAGAACCAAGGAAAGGAAGUCAUCUUUUUUGAGUGGGUUUCCAUACGUGGCACUCAUGCCAAUCUUCAGGCCAUUCCCAUUCCAUCUUCCAAAGCAGUUAUUGUUGAAAAAGUAUUCAAUUUAGCUGCCCAAAAGUUGGGAUUUAAAUUCGUGGCAAAGAAAUUUGAUAGUAUUUCUGAUGGAAGAAAGUUUUUGAAGACACAAAUCGAUGGGAACUCAAGCUUGUUCUAUGCUGAAGUCCCAGGAGACACAAUUCUGCUGCAUCAUGUUGAGGAGAAAGAAAGAUUUCCUGCCCAAUUUGGACGUGAGGUUCUGGCGGGGUUGCUUAAUAUGGCAGAUAAUGCAGAUUGGAGGAUUAACAAACAUAGCAAAGAUGAAGAAAUGAAAAUAGUUGAAGAUUUCAAGAGCCGGUUUCAAGAAUAUGAUCCAAACUGUUGAUUGUUCAUGCAUUAAAUUCUCAUUUUACAGCGAUGCCAUCAUUAUUAUGGUGAUUCCAAGUGCAACUUUGGGUUAUAUGUCCAAUUGCUUGGGUGCUGAAUACCAAACUGAAAGGAGACUUAAUAGUCUUUCUGCUUUCCAAUUUGUCACUUUUUUAUCAGCAGUUCCUAUGGCUAAGAAUCACCAAGCUGAAGUGGCUAUUCCAUCACUUAGGCGAUAUGCAUCUGUUGACGAGCAGCCGUAGCAGCCAAGUUUGGAAACAGGCUGGAUUUCCACCUUCUUUAUAUAAGAAAUUGAGAAGUGGCCCUGAAGGGACCAUAUUCAGCCACUCUACUAAGCUUCGAUGGACCCGCUAAUUCGAAUGACUAGAGUCAAGAGACCACUAGACUGCUGGAGGCCCAAUUUUCUUCAAUGUUCGGCCUUGUUGGAUGGAGUUAACGACUAUAGGAAAGAGCAUAAAUGUAUCUGUGUAAUAUAAAACUAUAUUGGAAAAGGAGGUGGCAAUUCAUUUGGAUCUUGCAAGUGGUUUGAAUCAUUGGAUGAAACUCUUUUACCCUAUGGGCUAUUCCAUGAAAGUUGUUAAGCAUUAUUUUCUGAAACAGUAAGGAGCGGUACCAAAGGACAAAGAUAAGAAAGGGUGGAGUAAGUGGAAAGAGAACAAAGGGAUGCCCAGGUCUUUGGUGCCAUGUAUACACUGGUCGUCGUAAUUUGCUCCUUUGGGUUCAUUGUCCAGGCUUCUUUUAUUUUUUUGGUCUCAAUGUGGAAAAUAUUUAAUUCUGUGGGGUUUGGACUUUAAAAACCAAAGAGAGUAUUUUCAUAGAUUGAGUGGACUUGUCUAUAUGGGGUGUAUUCUUCGUUCUUUGCAUUGAUGUGGAGUGGACUUUUAGAAUGCCGAAAAGAAAAAGAUAAUGGUCUUUAA